UCCAGUCGCCUGGCUGCUGCUGGUUCGGUGCAGUGAUGUCGCUGUGGCUUCUCUUCCUGGCAGCUUCAUUCUCCUUCUCUGUCAUAGUUUAUUACGUUGUGUUCAGAGCAGCUCGGUGCUCCAGUUCAGUGAGGCUGGAAGGGAAGACGGCCAUUGUUACAGGAAGCAACACUGGAAUUGGCAAGGCCACAGCUCUGGGUCUGGCAAAGAGAGGAGCCAGGGUGAUCCUAGCCUGCCGCAACAAGGACAAAGCUGAGGCUGCUGCUUUUGAUAUCCGUAGAGAGACUGGCAACAACCAGGUGGUGUUCAUGCAGUUGGAUCUUGCUAGUUUCAAGUCUGUUCGCCGCUUUGCUGAAACCUUCCUGAAGACUGAACCCAGACUGGACAUACUCAUAAACAAUGCAGGUGUUCUGGGUCCAGGACGUACUGAGGAUGGUUUCGGGAUGGCGUUUGGUGUAAACCACCUGGGUCACUUCCUGCUCACCAACCUGCUGCUGGAGCGGCUGCAGCAGUGUGGUUCCAGUCGUGUGGUCACUGUGUCUGGACUUUUGCACCGCUUUGGCAGCAUUGACUUCCCUUUACUGGCUUCCAAGAAGGACCUGGUGUCAGAUCAGUCUACCUGGCACAACUUUCAGGCCUACUGCAACAGCAAGCUGUGUAAUGUGCUCUUUACCAGGGAGCUGGCCAACAGGCUGGAGGGCUCCAGUGUCACCUGCUACAGCCUCCACCCAGGAGUUAUCUCCACAGAACUGUGUCGUAGCAUGAGCCUGUGGCUGCAGCUCCUCCUGAUGCCCGUUGCCAAGCUCUUCUUCCUGGAUCCUGAGGCGGGCUCCCACACUACACUGUACUGUGCCCUUCAGGAGGGCAUCGAGCCUCUCAGUGGACGCUACUUCUCAAACUGUGCACUGCAACAAGUGGGAGCUAAAGGACGAGAUGAUGCCCUGGCCAGGAAGCUUUGGGAAGUGAGUGAGAGGUUGACCAGUUUAUCAUAACAGACUGAGAUUCAAUUCAGUAUGACCGCUCUGUGCCAUAUCAGAGACCUCAGCAGGUCCCUCAUUGUUGGUCUCUGUUUCUUUAAGGGCUGGUUUCUUAUGCUUAUCUUAUGAGGUUGUGAACAUAAAGCAGGGUAAUGUUUCACUAUUUGUGUUAUCUGCAUAUCUAUUGCUUGUGCCCAUUGUCUAUUGAGUGGCAGUUCUCCACAAAGAUUACAUGAUCGCACUUAAGACACUGUCACAACCUGGCUUGGGCAAAGUUCAACAAAAGUAAUUUAUUAACAGAAGAAAAUUCAUUAAAUGUUCAACUAAAUAUUAACAAUGCAUGGAUCGUGGUUAUCAGUGAAAUCGGUGGUCUACAGCAGUGGUUCUCAACCUUUUUUCAGUGAUGUACACCCUGUGAAAUAUUUUUUCAUCCAA